AUCUCAUGCAUGGCUGCCAGUAAUGGUCUACUGGGUGUCAGCUUUUAUUGGCACGGCACAAAGACAGUGCCAAGGGCUUGGUGGCUCGACUCCCCGCUGCAGACUCGGCCUGUGGAUAAAAGCAAGCAAAAUGCCUCAGUCGAGCUCAGAGACAUAGUCAUGUUGGGCUGGAACGAGGAAGUGCAGUGGAGAGGGGAGGGACUGAGGGCGCAGCUCCAUGGGGCCGCCGCGGCGCUGCGACCUUCUGCACAUGGAGCCGGGGAGAGUUGGAAGAACUUCAUACUGCAAACUCAAGGAAUAGCAGAGUACUUGCACCGCAUGGAGACAGAGGAGGCCCAGGAAAUGGCCCAGAUGCCAGGCAGGGACAGCCCUCCUGCCAACGAAGUGGCGGAGGAGGCGGAGGAGCCCAUGGCCGUCCCGGAGGACCUGUCAUCCGGCUCCACCCACCAGCAGAACAACAGAGGGGACAAAGCCUGUAACAUUAAAGUUGAGGCUCGCAGUGAUGAGGAGAAUGGGCUGGCCUGUGACAUGAAUGGCGUGGAGGAGGAGGAGUGCGCGGAAGACUUGCGCGUGAUCGAUGCCUCCGGGGCCAAGGUGAACGGCUCUCAGCCGAGCCCCGAAGCCAAGGCCUUCUCCUCGGCCGGCGGUAUCCGGCUGCCCAACGGGAAGCUCAAGUGCGAUAUCUGUGGGAUAGUUUGCAUUGGUCCCAAUGUGUUGAUGGUGCACAAGCGAAGCCACACUGGUGAACGUCCUUUCCAGUGCAGCCAGUGCGGCGCCUCUUUUACUCAGAAGGGCAACCUCCUGCGUCACAUCAAGCUCCAUUCGGGGGAGAAACCCUUUAAGUGUCACCUGUGCAGCUACGCCUGUCGCAGGAGGGACGCCCUCACCGGCCAUUUACGCACCCACUCGGUUGGAAAACCCCACAAGUGUGCUUACUGUGGGCGGAGCUACAAGCAGCGCAGCUCUCUAGAGGAGCACAAGGAACGGUGUCACAACUACCUCCAGUGCAUGGGGCUGCAGAACAACAUCUACACAGUAGUAAAGGAAGAAAGCAACCAGAAUGAGCAGAGGGAAGACUUAAGCCAGACGGGAUCUGACAGAGCCUUGGUGCUAGACAGACUAGCUAAUAAUGUAGCUAAACGUAAGAGCACUAUGCCACAGAAGUUUGUGGGUGACAAGCGUCUGUCCGACCUCUCCUACGACGGAGGACCGGGGGAGCUCAUUCAGCCCCAUGUCAUCGACCAGGCCAUCAACAGCGCCAUCAGCUACCUGGGCGCCGAGUCGCUACGGCCUCUGGUUCAGACCUCCCCGGCCUCCUCCUCUGAUGUUGGCCUGGGCUCCAUGUACCCCCUGCAUAAGCCGCCGCCCGAGGGCCACGUGGGGACGGCCCUGUCCGCCAAAGACAGCGCGGCCGAGAACCUCCUGCUGCUGUCCAAGUCCAAGUCGGCCUCCAGCGAGAAGGACGGCUCGCCCAGCCACAGCGGCCAGGACUCCACAGACACCGAGAGCAACAACGAGGACCGGCCCACGGGGGCUGCCGCCGGCCUCAUCUACCUGACCAAUCACAUCACCUCGGGGGUGAGGAACGGCGUGCUCCCCCUGGUGAAGGAGGAGCAGCAGAGGCAGUACGAGGCCAUCCGGGCCAGCAUGGAGAUGGCCUCGGAGGGGUUCAAGGUGGUGACGUCGGACGGAGAGCAGGUGAGGGCGUACCGCUGCGAACACUGCCGCGUUCUGUUCCUGGACCACGUCAUGUACACCAUUCACAUGGGCUGCCACGGCUUCAGAGACCCCUUCGAGUGCAACCUCUGCGGUCACCGGAGCCAAGACCGAUACGAGUUCUCCUCCCACAUAACACGAGGGGAGCAUCGCUACUGAGCCACGUGAAGACCAGAUCACACACACUGUCACACAGACAGACAUGCUAAGAAGUCAGACUCAUGCACAUGAAAUAAAUUUAUAGAAAAACAUCAUGUAAGAUACACUGUUAACCCCAAAAAGCUGUGUUUUUAUACAAAGUAUGCAUGAUUGUUGACACAUAAAUGUAUGCAAAUAUGAAGAAGUCCAUUUAUUUUCAUUUGAAGGAGUUGAAAAGAAGGAGCUUUCUUCACCUGUCUGUUUAAAGAAACAAAAAAAUAAUGUUCGGAAAUAAAAGAAGACAUCCUACAAAGGUGUUAUACAAACCAUAUAUACAGUUGCCUCUUGUAUACAAUGUACAAAUGCAUUUAUUCUUUUGGAAAACCAGGCAGCAACUUUUUUUUUUUCUAGUUUUAGAAUAAAAGUAAUGAAAAGAUUUAAGAAUAUCUGCACUGAAGCAUCUACAAUAUGAAGAAAAGAUUCUCUGCUGCAAUCACUUUCAUGCAGGCGACCAUAAUAUUGGUAUCAAAUCCUACCGAUACAAAUUUUGCAAUCAAUGUACAGUAGAAAACCUGAUCCUCACUUAGUCCAAACCUGUUCUUGUAUUUGUAAUAACUCAUUAUUUAUAUCUCAUUUGCCUUUACAUUUGCCUGUCUGUUUUUUCUAUUUAUUACAGUGGUUGCUGUUUGUCUGUAGAGUAGUUCUAAAAGCUGGAACCUUUGUUGUUUUUUUUUUUUUUUUUCAAUCCUUUCAAUUGUAUUAAAUGUAUUUGAGAAGAAAACACGAUUACUGCUGCUGGAAGGUAUUUUUAGUUUUAUGAGAAGACAAUGUUAUCCCUGGCCUUUGUUUUGUACCUGAUGGCUGAGAUUUGUUUCACACACAAAACGUGAGUCAUCGGAGGUUUGUGGGAGCUUCUUGCUUGCAGAAAUAUCAAUAAAGGAUAUUUUAUAUAUGCACGAA